GACCGAUGUCAGCCCGGUGUGUGUGAUAAGUCUGAAGGAGAGGCAGGUGAACAGAGGAGGAAUUUAUUCGCCCGAAGGCGAGCGCAGCUUUGUCCCGCAUCCUGCGCCAAGAAGAAACGCAUCACCUGGAGGAUUUAAACGCACCGACAUCCAACUUACCAGCUCUGGUGUGUCGCUGCCAUGGCGACCCUGACCCCCUCCGUCUUAUGGAUUUUUGCUGUCUUCCAAUUGGCGGCCUGUUCAUUUCCAGAGGAACCUGGUCCUUUAAUCUCUGCCCCUGCUGAGGUGGUGAGACGAUAUCCAGUAUUUGUGGGCCGAGCGCAUCGCUCGUAUACACGUCAGGAGCCAUUGUACAUUCAAACAGUUCUUAAAGUCAACCGCACACUCUACAUCGGAGCCAGAGAUGACCUUUAUCGAGUGGAGCUGGACCAUGUAUCUGGAGAUGAAAUGUUUUACAGCAAAAAAAGGACAUGGGAAUCCAACAAGAAUGACAUCAGGAUCUGUAGAAUGAAGGGCAAACAUGAGGAGGAGUGUCGAAAUUACAUCAAAGUGUUGUUGAGUCAUGAUGGAGGGUUGUUUGUGUGCGGGACGAACGCUUUCAACCCGCUGUGUGCCAAUUACACGAGAGACACUCUGGAACUGGUUGGAGAGCCCAUCAGUGGAAUGGCCCGCUGUCCUUAUGACCCUAAACACGCUAAUGUGGCCCUAUUUGCAGAGGGCAGCCUGUUCACAGGGACAGUGACUGACUUCCUAGCCAUCGAUGCCGUCAUUUACCGGAGUCUGGGAGAAAGUCCAGCCCUGCGGACUAUCAAACACGAUUCCAAAUGGUUCAGAGAGCCCUAUUUUGUAAGUGCUGUUGAAUGGGGGUCGCAUAUCUACUUUUUCUUCAGAGAGAUGGCCAUGGAGUUUAACUACCUGGAGAAGGUGAUGGUGUCCCGUGUGGCACGCGUGUGUAAAGGUGAUCUGGGUGGAUCUCAGCGCGUGUUAGAGCGCCAGUGGACGUCGUUUCUGAAGGCACGUCUGAACUGCUCAAUCCCUGGCGAUUCACACUUUUAUUUCAACCUACUGCAGUCUACCAGCCCAAUCAUACGCAUGCAGGGCAGAGAUGUCAUACUUGGCGUCUUCUCUACACCCUCAAACAGCAUCCCUGGCUCAGCAGUGUGUGCAUUUGACAUGCAGCAGCUGGCACGUGUGUUUGAGGGAAGAUUCAAGGAGCAGAAAUCGCCGGAAUCCAUAUGGACACCAGUACCUGACGAACUGGUACCAAAACCCAGGCCGGGAGGUUGUGCUGUCCAGGGUUCAAGAUUCAGUUCCUCCAACACCCUUCCAGACGAAGUGCUGAAUUUCAUCAAGACUCAUCCUCUAAUGGAUGAGGCAGUCCCCUUGCUGGGACAUAGACCCUGGAUAGUCAAGACCAUGGUCCGGUACCAGUUGAACACUAUGGUUGUGGACACUGAGGCAGGCCCACAUCAGAACCGGACUGUGGUGUUUCUUGGAUCCACCAGGGGAACCGUUCUCAAGUUCCUCAUCAUGCCCAGCUCGGAGAUUCCAUAUUCCAACAGUGAUAUAUUUCUGGAAGAGCUGGAGGGCUACAACAUAGAACGAUGUGGCGAUGACUCCAUACAAGCUCGGCAGCCUCUUUCUCUGACCCUGGAUAAACCCAGUCACACCCUGCUGGUGGUCUUCCAUUCCUGUGUGGUGAGAGUUCCUGUCGCACGCUGCCAACUGCACUCCAGAUGCAUGAAAAACUGCAUUGCGUCCAGAGAUCCGUACUGCGGCUGGACCCGAGGAAGCACCUGCUCACUCCUGAGGCCUGGCACCAGAUUACCUUUUGUGCAGGACAUUGAAUACGGGAACAUCUCACAUCUCGGAGACUGUGAUGGCCUUUUACAUGAAAGUUUCAUGGAUGAACCUGAAAGUCUUGUUACUUUGAACCUGUUGGUGGUCGCUGCAGUUUCAGCGUUCUCCACUGGGGCUGCUCUUUCUGGUCUGGCUGUUUGCUGGAUCAUGGGCCAGAAACACCGCCACCGUUCGCAAAGCAACACCCCCACCUCCAGUGGGCAGCGGAAGAGUGAGAAGGAGCGUUGCAUCAUGGGACAAAGCAGAAGUGGCUCCGUCAUGAGCGUAUCACGACAUAGCGGCGCAGACCACCCACGCUCGCAGGGUGAGACGCUCUUCGUCAUGCCCAAUGGUUGGGUAAAAGCAGGCGACCUGGAUCCUGGUCUACUGCCCACACCUGAGCAAACACCCCUGCAGCAGAAACGUGGGUUACGCCUGUCUGACUCCGGUUCCAGCUGGGACCAAAGUCAGACCUUCUUGAGCUCGGUGGGUACACAGUGCCCACCUCCUUCCUCCACCUUGUUUCUCAGCUCUAAACUCUUACAAGGCACUGGGCGACGCCACGAGGAGGCCAUUGAAACUGGAAUUGACCGCCAACGUUACGUGUCCCUCUCCAAGUACCGUGAUCAGGGUAUACGACCAGGCACCCUGCUUCGCAAGUCAGCAGGCGAAUACAACUACCCCAUGACUCCCCAGGAUUCUCCUGACCGACGUAGGGUGGUGUCGGCUCCCAGCACCCAGACUGAAUACAGUGGAGAGCCUCUUCGUUGGACCCAUAAAGGAUACAUCAUCAGCAGUCACGGCUUACCCCCAACGGGCCACCACUACACCCCAGCAUCGCAGCAUCCUACGGGACUAACACGCACCGUGCUCCAUGGGUCCCGGGGGCUGAUCGACCUGGCCGACUUCAGCCACCUGCUUGGCAAAGGAGGGAGUGAUCGGACACCCACUGGCCAGUGAACGAAGAGAAAGAUGGAUGUGAGGAGCGGGAACAUGUAGAAAUGCUAGAGGCUGAAUCCUCAUAUCGACUGCGGUGUCGGCAUGUCCUGGCCAACCACAGCAGCUCUCUGUCUCUCUCUCUCUCUCUCUCUCUCUCUCUCUCUUUGUCUUACAUUUUUUCUUUCUUUACCUGCCUGUUGUUCUGUUUUAUGCUGAUCUCAUUCAUCUGGAACUGCUGUCACACACUGCAUGAGGACAGACCAAAUGGACCUCGUUGAUUAAGCGACAAGCAGCCAUUUCAACUGCAACUCUCUCUCUCUCUCUUUCUUUAUCAAUCACAUAUAUAGAAAAAUACAUAGGAUGUACUUUUCCCAGUGGCUGCCUCUCUUGCUGAGUGUCUGACAAUGUGUGUGGCCGACCAAACAUUAUGGCAUCUUUAUCCGAUGGUGGAAAGAACUGCAGCCAGCUGUCUUGAAAACUCUAUCUAUUCCAAAAUCUGCUUAAAGGUAGAAUAAUUUUAGCAGGUUUCCACUUUCAGCAGAUUUGUAUAUUUGAUUACAGAAUUUAGUUUGAGAAUUGGUGUCGGAAUUGGGACAAUGGUUCACUCUAACCAUGAGCGGAACAUGUCUCAACCACAUUUUGGAACCAUUACUGAGUUGUUGCCAGUGGUUGUUCUGGUCCAAUUUGGAUCCAGUUGUGUUUGGUUCCAGCUAAGUUGGGUCAUAGGAUCUCAGGAUGGAGUUUGGGCUUGGUUUCAAUGCACAAACCGACACCUUGACAUUUCUCUACAAGAUUAAAUACUACAACAUUUUUUUAUGCAUUGCUUUUUACCAAAAUGUGAGAGUAGAAAACCCCUUUUUGUGGUAUGUUUGGAAAGCUUUUGUGAUUGUGACUUUGUGUUUGUGUUGUCUGUAUUUUUUCUCUGUUGAGUGAGCAACGAACUUAAUCUCAAUAUUACCUCAGCACUAAAUCCAGACUUUACAACGAAUGAUGAGAGAUAGAGAUAAAGAGAGGGAAAAGUUGAGAAAACAUUGGUCAGAUAUGUUUCAUGACCUCAACCACAUAAAGUUUUGUUUUCUGUGUAGCUUUGUAUGGAGACUGAACUUAUGAACAAGCUGGAAUCAAUGUCUUUUUUUUUGUAAAGUAUUUGUACGCAAUAUGACAGGACAUGGAACAUGGAAUGAAGGUUAUUACACCUGCUGUUUUCCUGAAAGACACAAUGGGAGAUGGAAAGAAAGAGAGAGAAACUGUCUUGAAGACAUUUGAACACUUCUGAGCAAUUAUUUGCCAUUUGAAGACAGUAAUGUCAGUCUGAUUCUGGACUGAAAGAGAGAGCAAACAAGAAGAGAAAACUAGAGAAGAGAGAUCAAGAUGAGAGAACUAAGGCAAACUAAAGGACUACAAAUUCAAGAGAUUCACCAGAGUCUUGUGACUUGAAGGCCAGUUGAUGGAAAACCAAUGUGUUACGCCUUUGGGUGUUUGUGUGUCUGUGAAGUGACCAGUCAUUAUACACGAUAAUACACUUCUGCAACUUUUGUUUUGGUUUAGUCAUGGAACCCAUUAUUUGUGUUUCAUUUGAACCCUUCUUGAAACUACUGUGUAUACCUUUCCCCUUUUCUGUAUGCUUUUAGGAAAGUUCUAUAUAAUCAAUAUCGGUACUAGAAAUAGGGCCUGAAACUGCAUCCAUCUGGAUGUCUGUUGUUCACAGUGAUCAUGAAAUCUGUAGUGUUUCCCAGUCAUGUACCUAGGGCAAAUCAGUUUGUGUCCUAAGAUCAUUAUAUUGUUAUCUGACAUGGGUGGCAUGAUAGCAUUUUUCACCAAAACAUUCAUUGGUUCUGUUCCAAACCCUAGUUAGCUACCCAGCUACUACAGCAUCUUUGAGACACCGUGGGCAUGUUCCAAACACAAAAGAUGAUUGAAACCAAUAGGCAGCAAAAUUAUGAAGAAUAAGUCUCUCCUCGAAGAUACUUCGUUGUGGGCAAAAUUCAAUGGCAUAGCCUGUAGCUUGUAUCAUAGCUAAUCUUAGAAUACAUUGAAAUUAUUUAAUCGAAAAUUUACGUCCAAUAUUAAAUAUAACAUUUAGGUGAAUUCAGUUCUAAAAGGUAUCGAUGGAAAACUAUUCCAUCACAUAAAAAAAAAUUUUUUUUACCUAGUUUUCUUUCUUUUUUUGUGCUUAAAGUAUCAAAUUGUUAGCUUAGCAACAUGCUAACGCCAAACUAUUGGAAUUCACUACAAAAGGUAGAAAAGGCUAUUUUAUGUUUUAAAAUUAGGAGUGUAAUUUGUGUAGCUCAUUAAUGACUGGUAACAAUGUUGUUGCCUCCGAGUUUCUGUUUUAGUUAGCAUGCUGUCUAUAUAGACAGUAGAUAACGAGGUAGCUCACUGGGUUUGGAAAAUAGCCUCUUAUUUACUAUCUUUCUCUUUUUAUCUAUUUCCCUCACUCUGUUUCACCCAUACACAUGACAAGCUAGCCUCCACAUAUGCUAGCUUUGUUAUUAAAUUGCUAAUCAGUCUGUGAGAUAUUGAAAGCAGAUGUCUUAUUAUCUGAUAGAUUACAACACAAACACAGUUUAGUACACAAGAACGCACUUAAUAAUAGUUCUCAUGCACCUGCAAGAUGUCUCUUAUUAAAAGCACGUGCUUAGACGUGCAUCAAAUGCUACAUGCGUGACUUAAGUAUAGCCCUCUGUCUUACAGACCAUGCACAAGCUAUUGUGGUUGAACUCAGAAAACACACGCACAUGCAGUUAUGUGCAAAGGAUGGUUGAACAUUGAUUAGCUCAUAAAUCCAGCUGAAAGGAGAGUCAUGCCUGAAAGAGCCACCUGUGUAUGUGUGCAUUUAUGUGUUUAAAUGAAUGUGUAUAUGUAUUUAUGUCUUCUCUCCAAAGCAGUGAUGAUACACCAGGCAGGAAAUAGGAUCCAGAACAUAGGAAAUAGAUGCCAAUAGACAGGAAAUGCAAGGAUAUAGUCGCUUACCUGUAGGUCAAGGGAACUCAAGCAAGUAAUCAAAUUCGGGAAGUAACAAAUGUUGCUAUAUGCUAAUGUGAAAUCCAUAUGUGAAGAAAGACAUCUGUAUCAGGCUGAUAACAUAUCAUUGCAGCAAAGCAAGUUUGUUCAGUCACAAAACUCAGCCAUAUCUAUAUUAAUUUACCGUGUGUUUGCCAAAUAACUUUAUUUUUCAUUAGAAAUGUUUAAGUUUGCAGUCACAAAUGCUGCCUUCAAGUUCCUGCUUAAGGGUUAUUUAGUCGUAAUUAUAAUGUGAUGUGCUUUAAAGUGAUUUUGGUCAGAAUAAAACAAUGCACAUUCCUUUCUCUCUUAUUUACUUCAUGACACGGAAAGGAAGACUUCUUGCACUACUACAACAAAAGUGCAAAGGAUGUGCAUUAGAUUUGUAAUUGAUCCUUUAUGUAUUUUAAAAUGCUUGUGUUGCCACAAAGAAUGAUGCAAAAUGUUGUUUUGUCGUGCCUCAUAAACCAGCUAAAUAAGCAGUAUUUUCUGGCAAGUUUUAUUGCUAUUCUAUAUCAACAGUACGCUAAAUUUUGCUUUCAGUAUUCACAAGGAAAACUUGAUGAUGGCAUUAACUCAUUUUCUUUUGGCACAGUUCUUUCUUUCGGGGCUCGGUGAGUUUCCUCACUGGAAAUUACGCCAUUGUCACACCAUUAAAUUAUUUCCGACAUGGCUUGAAGGCAGCAAAAAAUACCAAAAUAUUUACUACAAAAUAUUCAAAAUUAUAACUUUUUGCUAAUUUCUUGAUACCCAUAACCUUAUUAUGUAGACAUGUAUAUAGGCUAUUUAGCAAAAAUAAUUCCUAUUUUUUUUUUUUCAGGCCUAAAAAAAAAUGCCACACAAAUUGCCUUCAUUUAAAAACUGAAUGACAAAGUGUCCACAGAUUACCUUGAAAAUGCAGUGCCUAAAGUGAACUUCCUGUUUAGCAGGAAGUCCCUUUGUGCCACUUGGUGUAAAAUGGCUUUAAAUGUCCAUGACUUUGUAACUCAACAUAUUUUUUUCUUUAGAUGAUUACUGGUGUUCUUAUGCCUUUAAGAGACACUGAGUGGCAUUGGUUUUCACACGGUGUCUUUGUGUUAAUUCUGGUCUAUUAUUAUCAAUGGAAAGUGCUGAAUGUACUGUGAAUGUAUUCAAAUAGUCUUUACCCUUAAGCACUUGUGAUAAUAACUGAGAGGUCUAUAUCUCUGAAAACAUUGCAACAAGCACAAUAUUGUACAGUAAUGAAGGCCAGAUUAAAGGGACAGUUCACCCAAAAAUUUUAAUUCUAUCAUUUACUCAUCCUAAUUUUGUUCCAAACCUGUUUGACUCUUUCUUCCAUGGAACACAAAAAGAGAUAAAUGGAAAAAGUUCAAUGAACUUUAAGUAAUGGUGAUUGAGACUGUCAGGCACAAACUUUCUGGUCCUAACAUCCAUUUCAUUUUUUGGUGUGAACUCAAUCAAUAUCAUUUGUUUUACCUUUUCACAAUGUAUCAAUCCUGUUUUAUUUUUAAAAAAAAAUGCAACAAAUGAUCACAUCGGUUUUCACAGACUUUGCUAAGGACGAAGUAAUUCUGAUCUCUUGAUAAAUGGACUGAAUGGACAGCUUUUUCUAAGAGGAUGUCUAUGGUGACACAGAUUUGCCUUCGUCACGAAGGGCUGUGUGUAUGACCGAGUCAGUGUUAUGUUGAGUUGUUAACAGGUCUACUUGAUGGAACUGGACUCAGCUGCAAUGUACAUAGCUCAAAUAGUUCCACUGCAGCACGGGCGAUGAUGUAAUAUCCCUGUGUAUAGAAGACAAUGGACGGUAUACAGUGAAAAUUGUUUUGUUUGUUGGUUGGUUUUUAAAUAACCACACAUGUAUAGAUGUAUACACACUUGUUUCAAACAUGUACAUGAACACACACUAUUCAGUACUGGAAUACACACUUAUUUUCAAACGUCAAUCAAC